UGGACUCAUCCAGUCUUAGCUCUACCAUCGUCUCUUCUUACGUUUCUCUCUCCUUGUUUCUCAAACAACAAUGGGAUUACUUAAAGUAGCUUUCUACAUGGCUUUCUGCCUUACAUCUUGCCUUGCUACGUAUGGACCAGAUGCACAUUACCGCAAGGACAAAGAAAGACAUGAAAAGGUCAUCCUCGAUUCACCUAAGAUCCAUCUGGAUAAUCCACGAAUUCAUUUGGACUCAGCAAAGAUUCUCGUCAACAAACCCAAGGUGAUCGAGGAAGGUCAUGGAAACUACGAAGAAGAAGGCUUGUACAUCGAGAAGGGUCACUCUGUCCAUUCCGGCCAUGGAGCACCCAUCCUGAUCAACGGAGGUUAUGGUGGAUAUGGCGGAUAUGGUGGAACUAAAGUCUUAAACCUUGGGGGACCUCUUCUUGUCGCUUCCUCUCCCAUUUAUCAUCAUGAUGGCCCCAUCCUUGUCCGUCGUCCAGUCAUAGUUGCCAAGGAACUCGCUCCAACCCAAGAUCACUUGGAAAAAAUCCAUUACGAUCGCCUCACUCUUGGAAAGGGAUACAUCUCUGGAGGACACGGCAUCGGCCUCGGUUAUGGUCACGGUCCCAUCCUCUCUGGCAUUUCUCUGGGCGGCAAGGGUGGAUAUGGAGAGAAGGCCGUCGUCUACGGUAAGGGUGCCCCAGUCCACAGUUUAGGAAGCGGCCUUAUCAGCUUCCAGGCUUACCAAACGCCUUACCUUAUUGGUCAACCAAAAGCCAUUUUGACCGCUGGACAUGGACACAUUGGUGGAGGACACGGCUAUAUUAGCGGAGGACAUGGACUCAUCAAUGGAGGACAUGGACUCAUCAAUGGAGGACAUGGACUCAUCAGUGGAGGACAUGGUCUCAUCAGUGGAGGACAUGGCCACAUCAGUGGAGGACAUGGCCACAUCAGUGGAGGACAUGGCCACAUUGGUGGAGGACAUGGUCAUAUCGAAGAAAUUCAUGGAGGUGGUGGAUACAAGAAAUACUAAACUUAUUUCAGAUUACGAUUAUUUUUCUGAAGACCGAAAAUUAAUCAGUUGAGUCAACAAUUCUUCCAAUGAGCUUAUUGUAUAUAUUCAUAUACGACUCUAAUAUUUCACAGAAAUGUAAAUAGCUUGUUUUAUACGGGCAUUAGAAAAACGAAAUAAAUUUAUUCUUCGCAAAA